AUACUUUUUCCUUGUGCAAGAACCGCUCACCACUACUUGCCAAUAUACUUCUCAACAAACUACUACAGCAUUAUACAUACAUGGACCAAUUUGCCUCCCCGAACGGACAAGCACCCCUAGGGAACGGCGGUAGCCCAUCACCCAGACAUAUUAUCAGACUUGGCCGCAUGACAAAAAUAGGUCUUCCGAUUAUCGCUGUAUUGGGAAUCGGCUAUGGUAUUACCGCAUUGCGGAAUGCGCAACAACACAUUCAACGAGAAUCCAUGCUCGAAGAAGAACGUCUACGACGAAAUGCGCAAUUGAUGGACGCUUAUGGCGACAAGACCAGUUUGGACGAUAUGCAGAGGGCAUUCGAACAAUAUCGCAAAGUGAGUUUCUUCCUUUUUUUUUUCUCCUUUCCUGCGGUUGUUCCGUUAGUCGGCCCGAGGGCAUCCUCAACGCGGAUCACUGACAUCCGGUCUUUGUUUCUUCGAUAGAACUGAGAUAGACCCCUUCCGAUGAGAUGGGUUUGUGGCUGUGAAAUUAUUCCGUGCAUUUUUCCGGCGUUGGCGUUUUCGUGAUGCAUAUUUUCCGGACAUUUUAUUACCGCGUCCCUUUUCUCAGCCGGCUUUUUUAAGAUGAAUCAUCGACGGCUGGUCCUUUGAUCGUUUCAUACUUGCAAUAGCGUCCCCUCAGUCGCAAUCUCGGCUACGGCGUCUUGGUCCACGGUUGAAAAGGCGGCUCAGAAGUCCUUUAUUCGAAAGUCAACGACCGACUAUUCCAUUCGCUUGAUACGUCGUUUCUUUGUCAGCAGGAGAUCCGUACGCAGAGGACUUUCCGUGCGUUUCAUGUCUGUGCGAUGCACGCAGCUUAGUUUGUCCAUCACUUUGAUGGACUAUGUAUAUAUUUUACCCACUAUCUUCAUGAAGUAGGAAAUCAGAAGAAUCGUUGAAAAUCAAUUCGGAUCACUCAACCAAAGAACGGGGUCAUGGAGUAUUG